CAUGAAGUAAUAUUUACUGACAAUAUAGCCACUGUCUUAAAAGGAGCAGACUUCAUCCUCAGAAUUUAUGUUCUAAUUAUAUUAUAUCCAUAUGCUUAUUUGGAGAAACUCAAUUUUUGGUACCUUGAGUGUACCUAGAUAUAAACCAUUCAUGUAAAGUUAAAAAGUACAUUUUUAUUUUUGUUAAAGUUUAGGGGGGAUUUUGUGUGAGAUAGGUAGGAUGUAUGAAUUCUCAGCCCAUUUGACCCAUGCAUUUUUAAUAAAACAUGUCCCUCUAUAAGUCUAACAUGUAAACUGCAAUUCAUACUUUACCACCAUUGUGAACUUUACUACAGUUAGCUAUGCAAGAGAUAUGACAAUCAAUAUUUAUUUUAACCUGCAAUCCAUGUAAGUUAAUUAACAAAUGAUCUUGAAAUGUUUGUGUCAGUAGUUGCUGUACAAACACCUUUUUCAGUAUUGGCCCAAAUAUUAGUGACCUACUGUAAAUUUGGACACUCUUGUAUUGUUUUUAGAACCAUCUAUUAAUAUGCAAGUGCCCCCAGAAACUGUUUUUUGCCACCACAAAAAACACCGUUUAAUUUGUUUACACACACAACUUUGCCUCCACAUUGCACCUACAUACCAUAAUGGAUGGUUUGAAAGAUUCAGUCAAUAGUAAUUAUAUAAAUAUGUGGGCUUCUUUAAUGGAGCAAAAGAUCCUGCUUUGUCUUUGGAACCUUCAUCCAGUCAUUCACAGCUGCCUUUUGAGGAACAGGAUGUUUCAUGGGAAAUUGUUUUCUUGUCAUGUGACCAGCCUGUCAGGCUGGCCUGUUAGCCUGUGCACUAAAAACAGAAAGCACGGGCCAAGCAAGUCCCUAUUGUUCAUUUUUUCCCCUUUUUCUUUUUCUCUACUGUUUCCUGGCUCAGCCCAAAGAAACGCAGCUCUGAUAUUCCUCCUGGCAGUUGGAGGAUCAACAGAAUCCCUGGUGCCAUACUUGAAGGGAUGACCGAAGCCAUGUUUGGAAGUGGAACUGACCAGUGGGUCUGCCCUAAUGACCGGCAACUAGCACUCAGAGCAAAGCUGCAAACGGGCUGGUCUGUGCACACCUUUCGCACGGACAGGCAGAGGAGGAGCCAGGCAUUGGACGAGGAGGAGCUGGACAUCAUCCUGGGAGUGAUCCGCAGGGCGGAGCAGCUGGACCAGAUUGAACAAUGUAGAAUAGGGAGGCUAGUGGAGCGUCUGGAGAACAUGAGGAAGAGCGCGGUGGGGAACGGCCAGUCUCAAUGUUUGCUGUGUGGGGAGCUCCUGGGACUGCUGGGGACCCCCUCUGUUUUUUGUCAGGACUGCCGCAAGAAAGUGUGCACGAAGUGUGGGAUUGAGACUGGAUGCAGUCAGAGAAGAACCCUUUGGCUGUGCAAGAUCUGCAGUGAGCAGAGAGAGGUGUGGAAGCGUUCAGGAGCAUGGUUUUAUAAGGCCAUUCCAAAGUACGUGUGCCCCAGGAAAGAGGGGGAGCGAGGUCUUGAGCCAGGCCUGUGCGUGACAGAGAGAGGAGCGCUUCACACUGGCAUGAGCGUGGCAACAGGUCGCACCUACAGCUGGGCACGUAGCAAAGUGGUCUCCAGCGACAGCGACAGCGAGUCGGAGCUGAGCGAGUCCAGCCUGGAGAGCAAGGCCUUCACCCCCAGCUGUCAGGACGUCCCGGACAGCAAGCAGCAGGAUUCCUUGGCAGCGUCCAGAGGAGGGCCACUCCAGACACCCCCCAGUAUAAGCAGAAAAGCCUCGGUCAGCUUCCCGUCUGAGAGCCGCUGCAGCCUGGGCGGCGAACGUGGCGCUUUCCUGCCGGUUGCCGAGGACUACGACACCGACCACAGCCGGCCCUCCCUGACUCCCCCCGCCCUCAGCCGUGCUGGCUCCCUGCGUUCCUCCGCCAGCCAGCAGUCGGAGGGCCUCUCCUCUGACCAGGCCCACGAUGAAGACGACCUGGAUCGGGCCUUCGGGGCUGCCGCACCCCCGCUCAGCAAGAAGGAAGAGGAGCCCGACGUGGAGGGAUACGACUCCGAUGAUUCCACUACACUGGGAACCUUGGACUUUAGCCUUCUGUACGACCAGGAGAACAAUGCCCUCCACUGCACCAUCAACAAAGCUAAGGGGCUCAAACCAAUGGAUCACAAUGGACUCUCAGAUCCUUAUGUUAAACUGCACCUGCUGCCUGGAGCCAGUAAGGCCAACAAACUCCGCACAAAGACCUUGCGCAACACCCUAAACCCUGUCUGGAGUGAGACCUUGACUUACUAUGGCAUCACUGAUGAAGAUAUGGUUCGAAAAACACUCAGGAUUUCAGUGUGUGAUGAGGACAAGUUCCGCCACAAUGAGUUCAUCGGAGAGACUCGGAUCCCGCUGAAGAAACUCAAGCCCAACCAAACUAAGAACUUCUAUAACUGCCUGGAGAAACAGCUGCCUAUUGACAAGACUGAUGACAAGUCUUUGGAGGAGCGUGGCCGCAUCAUGAUCUCCCUCAAGUACAGCUCCCAGAAAUCUGGUCUGGUCGUGGGCAUUGUUCGUUGUGCCCACUUGGCCGCCAUGGACGCAAAUGGCUUCUCUGACCCUUACGUCAAAACGUAUCUGAAACCUGAUGAAAACAAGAAGUCAAAGCACAAGACUGCCGUCAAGAAGAAGACUCUCAACCCUGAGUUUAAUGAGGAGUUCUUCUAUGAAAUCAAGUAUGCCGAGCUCAGUAAGAAGACCCUGGAGGUGACAGUGUGGGAUUAUGACAUUGGAAAGUCCAAUGACUUCAUAGGCGGAGUUUCCCUGGGGAUUAAUGCCAAUGGAGAGAGGCUGAAACACUGGUUUGACUGUCUCAAAAAUAAGGACAAAAAAAUUGAGCGCUGGCACACACUGACCAAUGAACUGCCUGGAUCUGUGUUCAGUGACUGAAGGCACCCCCGUUACACCACCUCUGUUCCCCAGCCCCCAACCUCCAAUCCCCUACUCCCAACCUUUGUGGCUAAAUCGCCCUCUGGCCUGAUUUGGGUGUGGCUCAGCCUUGAUUGACAAUUGCAUUCCUGCUCAUGAUUCUCAUUUUAGAGACGGGUACCAGAUCUGCCUCUUCACUCUCUCAAGGUUUUGUCUGUAUCUGUUAUUGGUGUUGAGCUCUAAUGAGAAUUCAUUUUUUCAUUUGAGAUUCAUUUUCAUAACGCGAUGUAGCUUAUGGGUCAAUGAGAAAAUGAAUCUGGGAAAAGAGUGGAAGGGGAUUUAUUCAGUGUGUUUCAAGAUCAAAGAAUAACAACUUUCUGAGCAGAGAGUGCUGGCAGCAUAUCCCACAAUGCUUUCCAUGUAAAAUAUAAUGUCAUUUUUUCUGCCACAAUCCACAAAUGUGCGCAUUAUCAAGUGAAAUUAUGCUUCUGUAAAACUAUAUCAAAAUGCAAGACUACAAAAACAAUUAGAUUAAAAUGAAUGGGUAAAAAUGGGAAGAUCAGUUUAUUUUUGAUGUCUUGCUGAGCUUGUGAGUAGUACGUCUAAAAUCACAAAGAUAACAAAACAGACAUAAUUUCGCAAUCUGUAGCUUUACACGCAAGUCGUUGUGGGAUGUGAGUCAGCACUCAUUUAUGCACUCCCAAAAGACCUAGACACACACACGCACGCAAGAACACGCACGCACACAAGACUGAGAAAUUAAGUUGUGCUAGUUUUGUAUGGCCUUUAAUUCCAUAGGCACAUCACACUAUUUGGAGGUCAAAUAAUCAAGCCGCUUCAAAGCUUUUAAAAAUCACGUUCUAUCUUGUUGUUUAUACGUUUCAAAUUUUUUCUGACUAGUGUAUUGUGUAAAACACCCCAGCCAGUUCAUCAAAUGAAUGUGCAUUAUUGACAAGUCACUUCAGGGGAACGUUUCUAAGAAUGUCCACCUAAGUGCUGUGCUAACAAACAAUGUUCCAUAAAAGUUAGCCAUUUCAGGGUAUGUGAAAAGCCGAUCGACAUUUAAGUGGUAAGUACAGCAUGGGGCGAAAGGGGGAAUAACCUUUAAACAAAAUGUUAAUGGCUUCAUGUGAUGCUUUGGAACAACAACAACCCUGCUGUCUGAAGAGAUCAUUAAAGAUAGUUUUUUUUUUGUUGUUGUUUUAUCAUAUCCAAUAAUCUGUAAACUUGGAAAAAUUGUUACAAGCAAGCAAUUUAAUUGGCACUUUAAAUGUUCAUCAACAGUGCUCACAGAUUUAUCACAAGUUUUUUUUUCCAUUCUUCAAUACCCUUUCACUUCCAUUGCCUAAUAAUUUAUUGGCCCUUGUGUAAACUUUUGUAAUGAAAGAUAGACUCUUAUUAUCACAUAAAUUAUUCAGUUUCUCUCAUUAAUUGAAUAUACUACAAUCUUUUAUGUUUGGCGUCAUUGGCUUUUAAUUGAAGUUUAAGGGCUAUAUUUUAACGAUCUAAGCGCGCGGUCUAAAGCGCAUGGUGCAAGUGCAUUUCGGGCCAAAUCCACUUUUGCUAGUUUAACGGCGGAUAAUCUGAGUGCAAAGUAAGGCGUGAGGUUCAAAGGGAUUGUACUUAGUCUCUUAAUUAAUCAUAGGUGUGUUUUGGGCAUAACAUGAAAUAAACCAAUCAGAGUGUCAUCUCCCAUUCCCUUUAAAAGCCAGGUGCGCUUGCACCUUGGCGGAUUGCUAUUAUAAUGGCGGAUUUGCCAAGUAGUAGGAAAGAACGGAUCUGCUCAUGCGCAAAGUGAAAGCGAAGUGAAGUGAAAGAAGUAUUAUCUAAAUAACGCGCCCUUAAAAUAACAGUAAAUAACAGUAAAAUACUGCGCCACUGACUUAAGAUCAGGUUUUUGUUGGUCAAUCGCGCAAUCGCUUUCCGCUGCCUCAAGAUAGCAAUGCGCCUGACCACACCUCAUUUUAAGACCAACACGCCUAUGGGCGCUCAGAUGGGUGCAAGUACAUUUGCUAUUUAAACAACGUGGGCGCUGGAGGGGAAAAUGACAAAUGCGUUGGUCUGAAACUCACAAAGACACUUGCGUUGCGCUUGGCGCCGCUUUGCGCCGGGUGUAAGAUAGAGCCCUGAACCUCAUUCUGUAUGUAUCAACACCACAGGACAUAAUAGACAUUCACUACAUUUUCCUUGUCACCUCCAAGAAUUGUCAUAUUUGUUUUAUGAAAACCUGAGAUUUUCCCUGCUCUCUUAUACCAGGACUGUGGUGAGACUGCUUGUUGAGAAGGUGAUUUGUCAGUGGGCAUACUGGGUGCCCAACCUUUUCUUCUCUGCCAAUCACUGUGGUCAGGAACUCUAUCCUGCCCUACCCUUUCCUUCAGCCCUGCCCCUUUCUUGCAGGAGAUGUCAUUCAGGCCACCUCACCUAGGCAGGCUUUCUCUCUCGCUGCCACGUUUGUGAAUUUUUUUGCAAUCUGUUUGCCUUUGUACUCAACCUCUAUAUUUAUGAAAAAAAAAAAUGCAUGCGGAUGUUCUCGGUUUGUCAUGAACUGACUUUGCUAUAUGUUUGAUACUGCUGUUUUUUCUGUGAAAAAAAACCUACUCUGGAUGCUACAAGAAUGUCAGUCUUUCUUCUAGGAGAAAACUUUUUGUACCUCUGAACGCUAUCGCAUUGCCCGUCAGGUUGCUGUAUUGACUGGAGAUGUGACUGCAUGUCAAAAAUUCUGUCUCCAUUUUGUUUUUCAACACUCAGGCAAUUGAUUGCAUAUUUUGGUGGUUCUCCAAAACAGAAAAUAAAGUAUACCAGUGUUUCACCUGA